CAUGUCUGCAGCUUUAAAAGGCUGGAUCCUUCCUCUCAUCAGGCACACUUUAAUAAACUCAACCAGGAAUAAUACCAGCUCAAAGAAGCAAAUGGAAAUGGAGAACCACAUGGGAAGCCAAAGGAGAAGACAAGAAAACGAAGAGGCUUUAAUUUCUGAACGGACAGGGUCAUUGGGAUGCAUUGGAUGGUUAAUAGUCAUACUUUCUGGAUUGUUCGUAUUUCUUUUGUUUCCCGUCACAAUCUGGUUCUGUUUCAAGACUGUUCAGGAGUAUGAGCGAGCUGUCAUCUUCAGGCUGGGCCGCAUCACAGACAGGAAACCCAAAGGACCAGGAAUAUUCUUUAUCCUGCCAUGCACUGACUCCCUGGUUAAAGUGGAUCUGAGAACUGUUUCAUUUGACAUUCCACCACAAGAGAUUCUAACCAAAGAUUCAGUCACUGUUAGUGUGGAUGGCGUGGUGUACUUCCGGGUCAGUGACCCCAUCGCUUCCGUGGCCAAUGUGACUAAUGCCGACUUUUCCACCCGACUGCUGGCACAAACCACCCUCAGAAAUGUCCUGGGCACCAAGAACCUCGCAGAGGUCCUGUCCGACCGGGAGGGCAUUGCUCACAGCAUGCAGUCCAAUCUGGAUGAAGCCACAGACAACUGGGGAAUUAAGGUGGAGCGCGUGGAGAUCAAAGAUGUGAAACUUCCAUUUCAACUGCAGAGAGCCAUGGCUGCAGAAGCAGAGGCAGCACGAGAGGCCAGAGCAAAGGUGAUUGCAGCAGAAGGUGAGAUGAACGCAUCCCGCGCCCUAAAGGAGGCGUCGCUCGUCAUUGCAGAGUCUCCAUCAGCUCUGCAGCUUCGUUACUUGCAGACUCUCAACACCAUUGCAGCAGAGAAGAACUCCACCAUUAUCUUCCCAUUACCCAUGGAUGUCAUAUCUCACUUUAUGCGAAAGUGAACUUGCCUCACCAAAGUGAAGUGGACUUUAUAAGAUAUAAUAAUUGUAUGUUUUAUGUUUUACAUGAAAAAUACUUCAGCUGUAUUGGAGCGGGUGGCACUUUUGUUGCUAACACAAAUCUAUAAUUCACUGUAUAUUAUAUUUAAUCUGCCCUGUCCUAUAAUUCUGGUUAAAUCUUUUGAAUAUAUUCUUAUUAGAUUUUGUAAAUAAUUAUAAAAUGUUAUGAAAUGUCACAACAUCUGCAACACUUUUGUUACUUCUUUAAAGUUGAAUCCAAUAUCUCUCUGAAAUAAAUUCAAUUUUUUUCAUCACUUUAA